GGGAAAAGGGCGGCCGCAGAGGAAGGGGGAGCGUACGCGGGGCGGGGGCAGGCGGGGAGCCACUGGAGAGCUGCGAGAGCCGGAGGAGCCUCCGCCAACUGGACACGCUUCCCGGGGCCCCGGGCCAGCCCCGUGCGCCAUGAAGCGCUAGCGCUGCGGCCAGCGCUGGGGCCGGGCUGGCGGGCGGCGGCUGCGGGCAGGUGCGCAAGCGAGCGCGCGGAUAGGCGCGCACCCGGCGGAUGCCCCAGUCGGGGCCCAGCGAGCGCCAGGUAGUUCCAAUUUGCCAGCAGAAUGAAUACAGAAAGAGACUCAGAAACGACAUUUGAGGAGGAUUCUCAGCCUAAUGACGAAGUGGUCCCUUACAGUGAUGAUGAAACAGAAGAUGAACUUGAAGACCAGGGGCCUGCGGUGGAACCAGAGCAGAAUCGAGUUAACAGAGAAGCAGAGGAAAACCGGGAGCCAUUCAAAAAAGAUUGUACAUGGCAAGUCAAAGCAAAUGAUCGAAGCUUCCACGAACAACCUCAUUUUAUGAACACAAAGUUCUUUUGUAUUAAGGAGAGCAAAUAUGCGACUAAUGCAAUUAAAACAUACAAGUAUAAUGCGUUUACCUUUCUACCAAUGAAUUUGUUUGAGCAGUUUAAGAGAGCAGCCAAUUUCUAUUUCCUGGUCCUUCUUAUCUUACAGGCAAUCCCUCAAAUCACGACCCUGGCGUGGUAUACCACCCUGGUGCCCUUGCUGGUGGUGCUGGGCAUCACGGCCAUCAAAGACCUCGUGGACGAUGUGGCUCGCCAUAAAAUGGACAACGAAAUCAACAAUAGGACGUGUGAAGUCAUUAAGGAUGGCAGGUUCAAAAUUGCCAAGUGGAAAGAGAUUCAAGUCGGAGAUGUCAUUCGUCUGAAAAAAAAUGAUUUCAUCCCAGCUGACAUCCUGCUGCUGUCCAGCUCUGAACCUAACAGCCUCUGCUACGUGGAAACGGCUGAACUGGAUGGAGAAACCAAUUUAAAGUUCAAAAUGGCACUUGAAAUCACACACCAGCAUCUCCAGAAAGAAAAUUCAUUGGCAACAUUUGAUGGUUUUAUUGAAUGUGAGGAACCGAAUAACCGACUAGAUAAGUUUACAGGAACACUGUUUUGGAGAAAUACAAGUUUUCCUUUGGAUGCUGAUAAAAUUUUGUUACGCGGCUGUGUAAUCAGGAACACUGAUUUCUGCCAUGGAUUGGUCAUUUUUGCAGGUGCUGACACUAAAAUAAUGAAGAAUAGUGGGAAAACCAGAUUUAAAAGAACUAAAAUUGAUUACUUGAUGAACUACAUGGUGUAUACGAUCUUUGUUGUUCUUAUCUUGCUUUCUGCGGGUCUUGCCAUCGGCCAUGCUUACUGGGAAGCUCAAGUUGGCAAUUAUUCUUGGUACCUCUAUGAUGGAGAAGACACUACACCCUCCUACCGUGGAUUCCUAAAUUUCUGGGGCUACAUCAUUGUUCUGAAUACCCUGGUGCCCAUCUCUCUCUACGUCAGCGUGGAAGUGAUUCGUCUUGGACAGAGUUACUUCAUCAACUGGGACCUGCAGAUGUACUAUCCUGAGAAAGACACGCCCGCGAAGGCAAGAACCACCACGCUGAAUGAGCAGCUCGGGCAGAUCCAUUACAUCUUCUCUGACAAGACAGGGACGCUCACACAGAACAUCAUGACCUUUAAAAAAUGCUGCAUCAACGGGCAAAUUUACGGAGACCAUCGGGAUGCUUCUCAGAACGGUCAUAGCAAAAUAGAGCCAGUGGAUUUUAGCUGGAAUACGUAUUCCGAUGGGAAGCUUGUAUUUUAUGACCAUUAUCUCGUCGAGCAAAUCCAGUCGGGGAAGGAGCCGGAAGUGCGACAGUUCUUCUUCCUGCUGGCGGUGUGCCACACGGUCAUGGUGGACAGGCUCGACGGUCAGCUCAACUACCAGGCGGCCUCUCCUGACGAAGGUGCUCUGGUAAGCGCCGCCAGGAACUUCGGUUUUGUCUUCCUCACCAGGACCCAGAACACGAUCACCAUCAGUGAGUUGGGCACUGAGAGGACCUACAGUGUUCUUGCCAUUUUAGACUUCAACAGUGACCGGAAGCGAAUGUCUAUAAUUGUAAGAACCCUAGAAGGCAAUAUCAGGCUUUAUUGUAAAGGUGCUGACACUGUAAUUUAUGAACGGUUACAUCGAAUGAAUCCUACGAAACAAGAGACACAGGAUGCCCUGGAUAUCUUUGCAGGUGAGACUCUUAGAACCCUGUGCCUUUGCUAUAAGGAAAUUGAAGAAAAAGAAUUUGAGGAAUGGAAUAAAAAGUUUAUGGCUGCAAGUAUAGCCUCAACCAACCGGGAUGAAGCUCUGGAUAAAGUAUAUGAGGAGAUUGAAAAAGACUUAAUUCUAUUGGGAGCAACAGCUAUUGAAGACAAGCUACAAGAUGGAGUCCCAGAAACCAUUUCAAAACUUGCAAAAGCUGACAUUAAGAUCUGGGUGCUUACUGGAGACAAAAAGGAAACUGCUGAAAAUAUAGGAUUUGCCUGUGAACUUCUUACUGAAGAUACCACUAUCUGCUAUGGGGAAGAUAUCAGUGCUCUUCUUCAUACAAGGAUGGGAAACCAGAGGAACAGAAGUGGAGUCUAUGCAAAAUUUGUACCCCAAGUACACGAACCUUUUUUUCCAUCUGGUGGAAACCGUGCCUUAAUAAUCACUGGCUCUUGGUUGAAUGAAAUUCUUCUCGAGAAAAAGACCAAGAGAAGUAAGAUUUUGAAACUGAAGUUCCCCAGGACAGAAGAAGAAAGACGAAUGAGGACACAAAGUAAGAGGAGGCUGGAAGCUAAAAAAGAGCAGCAGCAGCAGAACUUUGUCGACCUGGCCUGUGAGUGCAGUGCGGUCAUCUGCUGCCGGGUCACCCCCAAGCAGAAGGCCAUGGUGGUGGACCUGGUGAAGAGGUACAAGAAAGCCAUCACGCUCGCCAUCGGAGAUGGGGCCAAUGAUGUCAACAUGAUCAAAACUGCCCACAUUGGUGUUGGAAUAAGUGGACAAGAAGGCAUGCAAGCUGUCAUGUCAAGUGACUAUUCCUUUGCACAGUUCAGAUACUUGCAGAGACUGCUGUUGGUGCACGGCAGGUGGUCUUACAUAAGGAUGUGCAAGUUCCUACGAUACUUCUUUUAUAAAAACUUUUCAUUUACUUUGGUUCAUUUCUGGUACUCCUUCUUCAACGGGUACUCUGCACAGACCGCGUACGAAGACUGGUUCAUCACCCUCUACAAUGUGAUCUACACCAGCCUGCCCGUCCUCCUCAUGGGGCUGCUCGACCAGGAUGUGAGCGACAAACUGAGCCUCCGCUUCCCCGGGUUAUACAUGGUGGGACAAAGAGACUUACUAUUCAACUACCGGAGAUUCUUCGUAAGCUUGUUGCACGGGGUUUUAACAUCUUUGGUCCUCUUCUUCAUACCUCUUGGAGCUUAUCUGCAAACUGUGGGACAGGAUGGAGAGGCGCCCUCAGACUACCAAUCUUUUGCUGUCACAAUUGCCUCUGCUCUUGUAAUAACAGUCAAUUUCCAGAUUGGCUUGGAUACUUCUUAUUGGACUUUUGUGAAUGCUUUUUCAAUUUUUGGAAGCAUUGCAAUUUAUUUUGGCAUCAUGUUUGACCUUCAUAGUGCCGGAAUACAUGUUCUCUUUCCAUCUGCAUUUCAAUUUACAGGCACAGCUUCAAAUGCUCUGAGACAGCCAUAUAUUUGGUUGACCAUCAUCCUGACUGUUGCUGUGUGCUUGCUGCCUGUUGUUGCCACACGAUUCUUGUCAAUGACCAUUUGGCCAUCAGAAAGUGAUAAGAUUCAGAAGCACCGAAAGCGGUUAAAAGCCGAAGAGCAGUGGAAGCGGCGGCAGAAUGUGUUCCGCCGGGGCGUGUCCGCACGGCGCUCGGCCUACGCUUUCUCCCACCAGCGUGGCUAUGCCGACCUCAUCUCCUCCGGGCGCAGCAUCCGCAAGAAGCGCUAUCCCCUGGAUGCGGUCAUCGCCGAUGGGACGGCAGAAUACAGGCGAACCGUGGAGAGCUGAGGCAUUUGCUUCAGGUGACCUGUAGCAAAACAAUCACACAAAGUAAAAUGUCUUCUUUUUUUAUGAGAGACUCGACUUUUUGGGGAAAAAAAAAAAAUUUGUCACGAGGAUGUUGAAGGCAAUAACCUUUUUAACAAGCUACAAUACUUGGGUUGGACUACUGCAAUAGCAAAGCCAAGGAGACCUUUUGAAAAGUCGUAUUCUUCAACUGUUGAUGUUUUGUUUUGAUUCAAAGUGAACGUUUUUAACCCCAUCUCAAUCUAGGACAAGAGAAUUAGAAAACGUCUUAUUUCAGUUCAAAUGGUAUUGUACUGUAAAAUUACAAUUAGAUUUUCCUGUCUGGGAUCUUCAGCACAAAUUUCUCAGACGCUCCUUUUUUCCGGGAGUCCACCCUACUAACAAAGAUCUUUUAUUUACAAUGGUAGUAACGAAAGAUUCAUGAAUGUUCAUCCCCUAGAAGCUAAGUGGUCUGAUGACUUUUUCAGAGUCGAUAAUGGGGCUGCCUGGUUUCAUGUUCUCAUAUUGGUUUACUAAUUCAGCUCAAUCAACAAAAAUUACUUCACGUUUCAUAAGUACAAGGUUUUGAUCUGUUUCAGUUUACUACCAGGUUAAAAGAGCACAUUACAUACGUUUACUCUUACUAUUAUAUAUUAUUUCAGACACUUCCUGUAGUACCAAGUGCAUUUAUUUUCUACUGUCAUUAAAAAAAGAUACUUAAAUAUUUAUGGGCUUUUUAAAAAAAAAGCUUUUAAAAACUGAGGGUAUCAGUGAUAAAUUGCAGAAUAUUUUGCAAAGCUUUCUUUUGAAAAGCAAACUUUUGUGCUUGCCUAUAUGUAAAGUAUUUUAUAAGGGAUUUGAACAGAGACCUCACUCUUUUCUACUUGUCUUAUGUCUUGAGAGAAAAGGCUGUUGGUAGCCAUAUUUCUAAGACUAACAGUGUAUCAUUUUAAAACUGAACAUAACUUUAGGCAAUUAUGGAAACUAUCCUCAAAGAGGUAAAAGUUAUUUAUCCAGGGGCUUUUCUCACUCUGUGUGUUUCACACACUAGUUUCCAUGUUUCAGUGAAGACAGAGAAGUGUCUUCAAUAAUUCUGUUCUUUACCAUUAGGUUGUGAAUGUUCACAAUAUCUGUUCCUUUGAAUUCCUUAUGAGGAAAUCACAGCAUGUAUAUAGUUCAUUGUCUAGAUAUGAAAAGAAUAUAGCUCUUUAGUCUACGGAAGUAAAUUUCCGGAAGUUUACAACUUUUCUUUAUCUUGUAAAUUUAAAAAUUGUAAGUUUUUUUGUGUAAUAAUUCUGUCAGUUUCAGAUUUCUCUCCCGUUUUGCAAAUUGUGGGAAAGGUCGACAAUGCAAAUGUGUCAAAGACUUACAUGGUUGGGUGCAAUAUUAACAAUUUUAAAAUGCAAAUUGCUUUGGAUAAAUUAUUUCUAUAUUCUGUAAAUCUGAGAUUAAUGUAUAUUUUUGUUUAAAAAAUAAAUGCUUUAGUAAAAUC